GUGUGUCGAGAGCACAGGCAAGCUGGGCUGUUGCACUAUGAAUGCAGUGACCUAUGAGGAUGUGCAUGUUGACUUCACUCGGGAAGAAUGGGCUUUGCUGGAUCCCUCCCAGAAGAAUCUCUACAAGGAUGUGAUGCUGGAGACCUACAGGAACCUCACUGCUAUAGGCUACAAUUGGGAAGACCAUAAUAUUGAAGAACAUUGUCAAACGUCUAGAAGACAUGGAAGGUACAUAAGAAGUCAUAGUGGAGAAAAACCUUCUGAAAAUACUCACUUCGCAUAUCACAGACAUCUUCAAAGGCAUGAAGGAAUUCAUAAUCAAGAGAAAUCCUGUGAAUGUAAUCAAUGUGGUAAAGUUUUUACACACCGUAGUAGUCUCCGAAUACAUAAAAGGACGCAUACUGGAGAGAAACCUUAUGAAUGUGAUCAGUGUGGUAAAGCCUUUGUAAGUCAUGGUCUUCUUCGGAAACAUGAAAGGACACACACUGGAGAGAAACCUUAUGAAUGUAAUCAUUGUGGUAAAGCCUUUGCACAACAUUGUAAUCUUCAGAUUCAUACAAGAACACAUACUGGAGAGAAACCGUACAAAUGUAAUCAAUGUGGCAAAGCCUAUGCACGUCACAGUCAUCUUCAAAUACAUAAAAGAACACAUACUGGAGAGAAGCCCUACAAAUGUAAUCAGUGUGGUAAAGUCUUUUCAGAGCAAUGUAAUCUCCGAAUACAUGAAAUAACACAUACUGGAGUGAAAGCCUAUGAAUGUCAUGAAUGUGGUAAAACGUUUGCACAUCAGAGUUAUCUCCGUAUUCAUAAAAGAACACAUACUAGAGAGAAACCCUAUGAAUGUGAUCAAUGUGGUAAAGCAUAUUCACGUCACAAUCAUCUUCAAGUGCAUAAAAGAACACAUACUGGAGAGAAACCCUACAAAUGCAAUCAAUGUGGUAAAGCCUUUGCACAGCAAACUAAUCUCCAAAUACAUACAAGAAGACAUACUGGAGAGAAACCCUACGAAUGUCAUCAAUGUGGCAAAGCUUUUACAAGUAAUGGUCAGCUUCAAAUUCAUAAAAGAAAACAUACUGGAGAAAAACCUUAUCAGUGUAAUCAAUGUGGGAAAACCUUUGCACAUCAAGGUAGCCUCCACAUACAUAAAAAAAUACAUACUGGAGAGACACCUUACAAAUGUAAUCAAUGUUUGGCAGCCUUUGCACAUCACAGUCAUCUUCGAAUACAUAAAAGAACACAUUGGAGAGAAACCCUACAAAUGUAAUCAGUGUGGUAAAACCUUUGCAUAUACCAGCUGUUUUCCAAAAUCAUGAGAAAAAGUUAUACUGCAGAGAAACCCUAUAAAUGUAGUGAGUGUGGAAAAGUUUUGCACUUCAUUGUAUUAAUACAAGAGUAAACCUUUUGUUGUAUAAUUGAUAUGUUAAGGUCUUUGCAUGUCAGAGUAGUCUUUGAGAACCUCAAAAAACUCAUACCGAAGGCAAUCUGAAAUGAAAGGAUUUGGUAAGAUCUUUAGCCAACUUACCUAAAUCCAGUUACACAAGAUUGGAGGGGAAAAAAUCUGACAAGUGUCAGCAAUCUGUUCAAACAUUUGAUGUCCCUCUUUAUUCCAUUUGUACCACCAAAUUCAAAUGGAUGAAAUCCCGGUGAAUUUACAAAAUAAGGUAACCCUUUCAGAUUUUACACUUUACCUCACUUACAUGAAAUAACUCAUCCAUGUAUAAAACUCCAUGGAUGUGUAAUAGUGCCUUUUCUUUGCUGUGAUCAACAUAAUAUUUAAGCCACCUUAGGAAAGAGUUUAAUUUUCCUAUGGGUCCAGAGUGAUACAAGAUCACCAUGCAAGUGGCAGGGCGCCAAGUGGCAGGCUUAGUAGCCAAAGCAGCCUUCAGCAUGAAGCAGAGAGUGGGAAGUAGAAGUGGUGUGUGGAUGGAAAGUCUCAGGCCUGCCCCCGGGACGCAUUUCUUCAGCCCAGCAGCAUUUUUUAAGUCUUCCCACAUGAUACCACCAACUGUGAAGGAUUAAUUUCUCUGACUUCAAGCUGACUUGCUUGCUUUCUAUUACAUGAACCAAUUCAAGAUGAAGAAAAGCCUUAGUGCAGUGACCUAUGAUGACGUGCAUAUU